AUGGCUGCAGAAAAGAAGUGGAAAGGUUGGGCUUCAAAACAGCGUAGUGGGGCUGAAGAGGCAGGUGAAAAAGAACCGUGUGUGCUUCUGGGCCAGCGCCUGGGUGAACCGGGAAGAUUUGCUUAUGCGGCGCUUUGUGGGAUAUCGCUAGCACGGCUGUUCCCUGAAAAAGAGCAAAGCUCCUUCAGGACAGAAUUCAUUGAGGGCUUUGUGAAAUGGCUGGACCUGCCUGAAGCUGUCUUACCUGCCAUGACAGCAUUUGCUUGCGGCUUAGGAGGUGAGGGCACAGAAACUUUUGCCCAGAUUUUGCUGAAGGAUCCCAUCUUGAAAGAAAAUCCAGUUGUCAUUAUCCAAGAUCUUCUAUCCUUCUCUCUUAGAGAUGGGUACUACGAUGCUCGAGCCAGGGUGUUGAUCUGCCACGUCAUCUGGCUGCUGAGAAUCCCCUUGGAGGAGCUGGAAGUCCUGGAGGAAUCUCUGCUUGAGAGCCUGAAGGAACAAAAAGAGGAAGAGUCAGAAAGUACAGAAGUAUCAAGAAAAAAGAAGGAAAGAAGAAAAAAGCUGAAGAGAUACCUGCUGAUCGGUUUGGCAACCGUUGGGGGUGGAACAGUGAUUGGCUUGACAGGGGGUUUUGCUGCCCCUCUGGUUGCUGCGGGAGCUGCUACUAUCAUUGGAAGUGCUGGAGCAGCUGCUUUAGGUUCGACCGCUGGAAUUGCUGUCAUGGCAUCCCUUUUUGGAGCAGCUGGAGCUGGCCUUACUGGAUACAAGAUGAAGAAGCGUGUGGGAGCCAUAGAAGAGUUUGAAUUCCUCCCACUUACCGAAGGAAAGCAGCUUCAUAUCACCAUAGCAAUUACUGGAUGGCUGUGCACUGGCAAGUAUGGGAGCUUCACAGCCCCAUGGAGCAGCAUGUUGCAAUCGAGCGAGCAGUAUUGUCUGGCCUGGGAAUCCAAGUACUUGAUGGAGCUUGGCAAUGCCUUAGAUUCCCUGCUGAAUGGUUUUGUGAACAUGAUGGCUCAAGAAGCCCUAAAAUUCACUGUCUUGUCAGGUAUUGUGACGGCCUUGGCUUGGCCAGCUUCGCUCUUAACUGUUGCCAGUGUCAUUGACAACCCCUGGGGAGUGUGCCUCCAUCGCUCUGCUGAAGUAGGCAAACACCUAGCACAUAUCCUCCUCAGUCGACAGCAGGGCAAGCGACCUGUCACACUCAUUGGCUUCAGCCUGGGUGCAAGAGUCAUCUACUUCUGCCUGCAGGAAAUGGCUCAAGAAAAAGACUCUCAAGGGAUCAUUGAAGACGUGGUCUUACUGGGUGCUCCGGUGGAAGGAGAAGCCAAGUACUGGAAAGCUAUCACAAAAGUGGUGUCGGGCAAGAUCAUAAACGGUUAUUGCAGGGGGGACUGGCUGCUGGGGUUUGUGUACAGAACCUCUUCUGUCCAGCUCAGCGUUGCAGGCCUCCAGCCAGUCGACUUGGAUGACAGGAGGAUGGUAAACAUGGACCUUUCGUCUGUAGUAAAUGGCCACCUGGACUAUAUGAAGCAAAUGGACACGAUCCUAAAAGCUGUGGGCAUUAAAACCAAGGAGUGUCAGCGGGAAGAGAAGGGCAGCGGCAGUCUUGUCUCCCCUCUAGCCAAGAAAUCACAGCAGGCAGCCGGCAGCGAGACUCGGGAAGAGGAAAACACCAUGCGAGAGGAGGAUGUGGCUGACUGCGAGGCUCUCCCAGCCGGCCACACUCACCGCCGAGAUUCCCCCAGCUGUCUCUUGGGAGAAACUUUGCUCCCCUGCCCAGACUGUUCUAACAGCGGGGACAGCAAGAGACAGCCAGCGGGCGAAGGAGCAAAUUAG